AUGGCGGUGCUCUUUUUGUGGAUACUCGCCUUCCUCGUGUUGGGCGCGGUGAUGGGAAUCAAUCUCUACGCCCUCAUCUGCCUGUCGGACCUGCAGGCCGACCUGAUAAACCCCCACGACUGCGCGGGUCGAAUCAAUAAAUUGGUGAUGCCCGAGAUCAUCGCUCACGCCGCCGCGGCCGGGUUGAUGAUGCUGUGCGGCUCGUGGAGCAUGGUCCUCGUGAACGGGCCGCUCAUCGCUUGGCACGUGAGGCAGGUGGGCAGGAACCAGCACCUCGCGGACGUGACGGAGAUAUUCAACCAGCUGGACAAGGAGAAGAGCGUUCGCGUGGGCAAGGCGAUGGUCUACGCGCUGGUGUUCCUCACCGCGGCGUACAGGGGCACGGAGCGGGGGGUGAACAUGUUCCUCGAUCCCGACGAGAAGGCGAAGAUGGCCGAGUUCUUCAAGGAUGCGGUGGCGUCCUCGGUGCACCACUUCUGA